AUGUCUCCAGAUCUGAACUCCCUUCCUCCAUCUCGCUCGUCCUCCAUCUCCUCUUCAGUCCAGGCUCGAAAUAUGCCGGCUGCGCCCGCAAGCGGUGCGCCGGGGAACCCCAAUGCUUCCCCCAGACCCUCUCGUGGCUCGAGCAUCGGCCGCCUGUCAGUAUCUGAGCGACGGCGAUCUGUUGCUGGUAUCAAUUUAAAUCUGAAUGACAUGCAGGCCAAUAGCGAGGCCCCAGCAGACCAUCGUAGCUCCAUGGGACAUGCAUUCCGCACAGCCAGUCCGCCCAGUCACGGAAGUCCCGUGUUUGCUACAGCAGACCCCCAUCACCAACGGGCGCCAUCUUUGGGGGAGUUGCAUCAAGAGCUGGAGCAAGAGCAGGAAGCGCAGGUGAACCGUCUAUUGCAGAUGAUACGCAGCCAACAGGCCCAGCUUCAUCAAUAUCAGCAGAACCAACCGCAACAGAACCCGCAGUCAUCCGCCGCUAUCGACGACACUACCCCUUCCUCGGAGCGGUCAGCAUUCUUCCCUCCUGGCCCGGCACCACCUCCGGCUAGCAACAGGCUAUCGAUAUCUUCCUCAUUUUCAAACCGUCGCCUCUCACGACCAUCGAGCCAGACGACGUCGCCGAAUUUGCGACCACUCGACUCGCGGGGACCAGAAGGCGUGGAGCCUUUCCCCGGGUUGCGGGAUAACCUGUCUCGGCGGGGAAGUCGGGAUGAAAGUGCAUUUUACCAGGCCGAAGCUAGCUCGCUGGGCCGAGAAAACCUACUUCUUCGGCAACGAAUUCGGGAACUAGAGAGACAAAUUGGAGAAUUGACGACUUCUCAAGCUUCGGCAACAACUGCAUCGGGUUUCUCGUCCGGGCAAGCGGGUCCCGAGGUUUCGGACCCGCCUGCCGUGGGGUCGACGCGAGACGGUAAAGACUGA